CGCUAUUUGAAAGCUGCCCGUCUCUGCGCUGUUUACCUGCUCAGGUCGGUGCUCAAACAAAUUCACCGAGUCGUUUGCUGAGGUCUCAGUUUGAACAUGUCGUCUGUGGAAGUCCGUGCUGUGCAACUGCCCGCCGCAGAAAACCCGGUGAGGAUGGGUAAACCCGCGGCAGCAGCGGGUCCGAGGAGAGCUGCUCUGGGAGAGAUCACCAACUUUCCCGGAGCAGCGGUCAACACGAAGAGGACAGGACCAGCCAAAGCGUCAGCCAAAGCAUCAGCCAAAGCGUCAACCAAACCAUCCGGUGCCCAAAAAGCCAAACCCACUGUGGUGCCCCCAGUAGUCCAGGUCCCAGCACCUGCAGAUCCUGUCCCUCCAGCUUCAGAGGAGUCGGCUGACGUGUCCAUGAAGGAGGAGGAGGGGGAACUGUGCCAGGCUUUCUCUGAGGUGCUGCUGACUGUGCAGGACGUGGACGAGCAGGACGCAGACCUGCCUCAGCUCUGCUCACAAUACGUCAAAGACAUCUACAAUUAUCUUCACGUUCUGGAGGUGCAGCAGGCUGUACGAGCCAACUACAUGCAGGGUUAUGAAAUCACUGAACGCAUGCGAGCUCUUCUGAUCGACUGGCUGGUCCAGGUUCACUCCAGGUUCCAGCUGCUGCAGGAGACUCUGUACCUCACAGUUGCCAUCCUGGAUCGAUUUCUACAGGUCCAGCCGGUGUCUCGCAGGAAGCUGCAGCUUGUUGGUGUGACGGCCAUGCUGGUGGCCUGUAAAUAUGAGGAGAUGUACGCUCCGGAGGUCGGAGACUUUGCCUACAUCACGGACAACGCAUUUACAAAGUCCCAGAUUCUGGAGAUGGAGCAGCUGGUUCUGAGGAGCCUCAACUUUCAGCUGGGACGUCCUCUUCCACUGCACUUCCUCAGACGGGCUUCAAAGGUGGCUAAUUCUGACGUAGAGAGACACACACUAGCCAAGUAUCUGAUGGAGCUGACCCUCCUCGACUACGACAUGGUCCACUAUCGUCCCUCUGAGAUCGCUGCUGCUUCCCUGUGUCUCGCUCAGCUGCUGCUCGACGGGCUGCCGUGGUCUCCUACACAGCAGCACUACUCUACGUAUGACGAGGCCCACCUGAAGCCAAUCAUGCAGCACAUCGCCAAAAAUGUUGUGACUGUAAAUGAAGGGAAAACAAAGUUCCAGGCUGUCAAGAACAAGUACUCGAGCAGCAAGCUGAUGAAGAUCAGUCUCGUUCCUCAGUUGACUUCGUCGAUCAUCAAGAACAUGGCGGCGGCUGCUCUGCUCAACAACGCUUGAGGCGAGCUUUGACAUUUCGUCAGUGGACAGUUCACUUGCACUUUAUUUUAGAUCGAUCACAACCUGUGGAGAAACUUCUAGUUUUUAAUAAAAUGUUUUUAUAAUUUUUCAAUCAAGCAUCAUGGUUUUCUUCAGGGUUUUGGCCUCCAAAAAUCUUUUUUUAAUUUUUUAUUUUUUUAAAAUAUAAACAGCCUUGCUAAAUGAUGAAUUUUCUGAACACAACUU